UUAUUAAAUUAUAAAAUUUAGUCAUGUUUCGAUUUAGCUUCAUCAUUUAUUCUAAAUUAAUACGAGUGGCGUUAAACUGAAGCAUUUUAGUAAGAAUUUAAUAAAGAGUAAUGAAGUUUACACGUAAGUUUCAAAGUCUGAAAGCCAUAUAGAUCUGUGGUGCCCGAACUUUUCGAUUGGCGGGUUCCACAAAUAUUUUAUUAUUAUUUUACAAAAAUUAGGCAUAUUUCUAUCAUAUAUCAUGUAAGCGAUGUGUCAAAUAUGUUAGUAUGACAGUCUUUUGUAGUGGAUUUGGCUAGGGACACCACUGAUCUAGAUGAAUGUAAAUGUGCCUCGCUGUACUCGAUCUGUCUAGUUAAGCCAGAGGUGGGUAACCUUUUACAAUCGCAAGGCCCCAUGUCUUAUUUUAGAGGCACCUUAUAAAGCCACAUGUAUAGCAGGUUGCAUAAGAACCAGGCAAACUACGUUUAUAACUAAAAAUUCAUGGCUGCGAAAUCAAUUUAGUGCCAUUUUAUAUUGUUAUCUGGCCAAGCUAGAAGCCACAAAAGACAACAACCAGCGACCGUAGCUAAAAGUAAAUAUAGACUUUUAAUAUAAUUAUAAAAUUACUAAUAACUCUACAUGAUUUGAGAUACUCUCUUGUAGCUAGGUAUUUAUGCUAAUUUAACAGUAAAGCCUUGGACAAGGUUAGCGAAGGAGUAAUGAAGACAGGAUCAUGACACCAGGCACUAAACGAGGCCUUGGAAGUUACGGAUUUUCCAGUUACUCUCUAGGCAAUUUGAUUAAAUGUUGUGUGGCCUUUAAUAUAACGUAAUUUUUCUUUUAUCCUGAUUAAUCUGAUAUAAAUGCUGCUCUAAGUUCGAUAGGUCUAGUUAGAUAACUGUAAAAUUAAAAUUACAAUUGUAUUUGUUAAAUGUGAUUAUAAUAUUUAAAGGAAUAGCAUCGAAUAUUUUUAAACGAACUGUUCGUUAUUUAAAAAUAAGCAGAUAUUUAUGAAAUUCCAGUGAUUUAACCAUCCUGUCUUUUAGCCUCUGGAACUUGGACUACUCGAUUUUAUGUAAACUGGAGUGUUGAUAUUGCAAUCUUCAAUUAUUUUAUGUAACCGUUGACUCCUAUUAUUCAAUAGAGUUUCUAUCAAUUCCUAUCUGUCUAAUAAAGUUUUAACUUUGAAUCCGGAUGUCAUACUCCGGUUAUCCGGCUGAUGUAAUUUACAAUAUAUAGGCUAUAUCUAAUGUUUCUCAUGUUUAAAAUCGAGAAAUUAUUUCGCCAUUCUGUUGAUACAUUCCAAGAUAUUUUGUAUUUAAUUUCACGAUCAUUUCGGCGCAAAAACUGAUGAUCCAAGAUAUCGUCCACCAGAUCCAUGGUUUACUGACAGUGGUAGCAGCGCUAGUUCGACUCCCACUGAUGAUGGUCCCUUUCUUCAGUGUGCUUUGUGCCACGAUCGCUAUAAUAAACCUAAGGUUUUGCCAUGUCUCCACACUUUCUGUCAAGGUUGUCUAUUGCAACAAACACCUAAAGAUAGUUUAACACUAACUUGUCCCAUAUGUCGUCAUCAGUCUAUUCUUCCACGCAAUGGAGUAUUUGGCUUACAGGAUAAUGUUAUUGUAUCCAAUUUUGUUAAUUUAUUAGAGAUGCCGAAAACGGAAGAACUUCACCCCAUAGUUCGAGUUAAAAAUUAUUCUGAAAAGAAAACCAUUGAAUUACCCCCUAUCGAAGAGAGCGCAGUUGAACAGAAAAGUCAUCUUAAAAAUCUUCUAACGAAGGUCUCUUUGCGAAUACCAAUCCUAAAAGAGGAUAUUCAGAAUAUUUCAUUAGUUGUAAGUCAAUUAAAAGAGAAUCAUCUUGAAACUAAAUCUAAAAUGUUGCAUUGUCUGGAAGAUCUAGAAAAUACUCUAAAAGAAAGAAAAAUUGAAUUGGUUGAAGAAUUAGAUCGUGUUCAUCAAGAGAAGUUUAAAGUUCUACAAGAACAAAAACAUGUUUUAGAAAUGUGCCUUUUAAAUCUUGAAGACCAUUGUCAGUAUACCGAAGAUGUCUUGAACAGAGGAAGCGAUGAAGAAUUAAAUAUUCUUUAUUACGAUUUGGCAGAAAAAUUAGAAGAUUUCGUAGCUACAAAUUUACAAAAUGAGCCCAAGGAAAAUGUCUUUUUGGUUUGCGAUAAUAAUGGCAUCGAAGAAGUAGAAAAUAAAUUGAAAAGCUUAGAAGUAGUGAAAACAUGUAAAGCCUCACCUAGUGAGUCAUCUCUAAAAGCUGAGCAACCCAUGGAAUGCAAAAUGGGAGAUUCUCUAUCGUGGACUUUAAUCAUAAGAGAUGGAAAUGGUUCACCGAUGAUAGUCGAAGAUUCAGCUAAAAAAAUUGUCUUGACUAAUUCUGAUCAAGAAGAAUUUGAAGUGAAAAUUAUAGAAAAUGAAAAUAAAAGUUAUACCAUCAAUUGGACUGCAAUCCCGAAAGGGACAUACACAUUAAUAACUAAACUCUAUGGUCAGCAUGUUACAGGCAGUCCACAAUUAAUUACGUGUAAAGGAAUGGAAAAAGAACCACAAAACGAUACAAAAAGAGAAAAAUGCAAGAUAAUGACGGAGGAAGAUGCCAAUCUUUAUGAUCAUCGUGUCGUAGAAAGUUCACAAUUGAUCCCUGUUUCAGAUAUAAAAGAAGAAGAACAAAACUACGAUGAAGUUAGUUCAUGUGAACAUUUUGAUGGUCAGGUAGAUAAUGAUCUUUUAAUGAAAAUUGGAAGAAGAGGGCGGUCCAAAGGGGAGUUUACUAAUCUGCAAGGUGUUUGUUGCACCAAAGAGGGAAGGAUCAUUGCUUCCGAUAGCAAUAAUCAAUGCGUCCAGGUGUUUGAUAAAAAUGGUAAAUUUCUAAUCAGAUUUGGUGGGAGAGGUCGUGGUCCAGGUCAAAUGCAAAGACCAACUGGAAUUACCAUUUCUCCAAAUGGCAAUUAUUUAGUUGCUGAUUAUGAACUUAGAGUCGUUAACGUUUUCAAACCGGAAGGACAAUAUUGCAGACGUUUCGGAAGUGGAAAACUAUUGGGUCCUAGAGGAUUGCUCUUUACUAAAGAUGGGAAACUACUCGUAGUAGACAGUAAAGCUAAUUGUAUUUAUGUUAUGCAGGAUAGUAAGAUUUUAGGAAAAAUUGGGUCACCCGGCAGCGGUAAAGGCAGAUUUUCCGGUCCUCAUUAUAUUGCAUUAGAUAGUCUCAAUCGCGUGAUUGUUACCGAUUUCCAUAAUCAUAGCGUUCAUAUAUAUACAUUGGACGGAAAUCACGUGACAACUUUCGGUUCAAAAGGAGAAGGAAAUGGCCAGUUUAACGCUCCAACAGGAAUUGCUGUAGAUUCUCAAGAUAAUAUUAUAGUUGCAGAUUGGGGAAACAAUAGAGUACAGAUUUUCGAUAGCAAUGGAUCGUUUCUCUCGUUCAUUAAUACCAGCACCGAUCCAUUGUAUGGUCCUCAAGAUUUAGCAUUGACUCCUGAAGGGUAUAUCAUAGUAGCUGAUUCUGGUAGCUACUGUUUAAAAAUCUACAAAUAUCUUCAAUAAAAUGUCUUGAAGAUUUUCAGUGAGAUUUUCGUCUGCUUUCGCCAGAAAUUUCAUCCCUUCUAAACAGACCCUAAGCUAGCGUGAAGCUUUAAUGUGAUCUCAGAAUCUCAUUUAUCAUUGAAAAAGCCAAGAUCUCCUAUUUAUUAUACACGCAUAAUUAUAAAAUUGAAGUUUCCUUUUUAUUUCUAGUCUUUAUUUUCUGUCUGUAAUCAUCGUAGUCUUUAUACUAUGACGUUAAUAACUUUUAUAAUUAACAUCGAUUAACAAGGAGAUAUUCAAAAAUUAACUUGAAUAUAGUCAUAUUAAUACAAAAAUUCUAAUUGAAUGUUUAAUAUAAUCAACAAAAAAUUUAAAAUUAAAGUAAUUCAACAGUGUAAUUGCCUUCUUAAGAUCUCUUUACGAAAAUCAUUAAGGAAAUUCUUAAUAAUUUUAGAAAAAAUGACAAGGAUAUUGUUAUAAAUGAAGGAAGAGUAAUGUUAACAGCUAAUAUAUUGUUAUAAAAAGUAUACCAAUUUUAUACAAGAGGUAAGAUUAUAAGAAUUAUAUAAUGAAGUUUAUUACAAGUUUUUUCUUCAGGGAAACAUUUCAGUAGUUCAUCCAAAAUUGGAAUUAUAUGAUAACUAUUUGCUCAAUUGAGUAAAUUAACACGCAUAAUGAUAAAAUUAAUACUAACUUUCGCAGCUAUGUAAUCAAUUCUAUUAAUUGUAACUUGAACGAUGACGUAUAUUUCUACGAAAUUACUUUUUAUAACAGUUAAGUUUAAUAGUAUUUUUCCUAUUAAUUCACGUUUCACUCCUAUUACAAGGCGUUGCAGAAAAUCGCCCUCUGAUAACGGCUCGAUUAAUAUACAGUUCCGGCAGUAGACUUGACACCCAACAUCGAAUAAACAUCCUCUAUAUUGUGAACAAUAAGCGUAAUUCAUAUUGUUCUCUUCUGAUUUAUCAGUUUAGAUCCUAUAUAACAUUACUAAAUUUCGUGUCUGUAAAAAUACCUAACUGUGCGUGACGUGUGUGGGUGUCAAUCGUCAUACUUACGUGAAAUCAACCCUGUCAUAAAUAGACUUUUUUUAAAUUUUAUUUUGGCUCCUCCCAUGCUUUUCUCGUGUUGCAUAUGAGAAAUACAUCAGUAUUAAUCUUUUAUAUAUACUAAAUUUUCAUAAAACUGAAGCCACAUUUAUCAUUAAGAGAGUGUCGUAUAGAAAUGGAAUUUAUUCAUAAUUAAAUAAGUUAUUUUUGGGAUAUCUCUUUAUAAUCUUCAGAUUUUAACAACAAUUUUUAUAUUAUACUAAAGAAUAUAUCGUGAAAUUAUAAAUAAAUGUAUAUUUGGAACCAUUUACAGUAUCAUUAAUUUUGUAUGACUUCUUAUAACAUCGAUUAAUACAAUUGGAUAUUGUGGAAUAAACGACUUUCUAAUAAAAUAAUAUAUUAACUGAAAUUAAAUAAAAUGUACUCGGAAA